CGGCUUCAUCAUCCCUGCAUCGAAAUUACGCCGGCAUAUAACAAUUUUACAUCAAUAUAACAUUCUCAGAAAAUGGUAGCAAAACAAAGGAUCCGUAUGGCAAAUGAAAAGCACAGCAAAAACAUCACGCAGAGAGGCAACGUUGCAAAGACCCUGCGACCUCAGGAAGAGAAGUACCCCGUGGGGCCGUGGCUCCUGGCUCUGUUCGUCUUCGUCGUCUGUGGAUCUGAUCAUCCAGAGCAUCAGGAUGGGAAUGUGAUCCAGAGGUCCCACAGACUCUCCCCUCUCUCCCCACACCCGCUCAUCAGACCUGAGGCUGCUCGCCACCCUACGUACCUCCCUAACACCUCCAGGAGGCCUGGAGGUCCGGACAGCUCUGUGUCCAUCAGGGAAGGCCUGAGAGAUGAGUGGACCACCCCCCUUCCCCCCUCGAUUUUUCUCAAUCACAUGUUUACAGAGUUCCAGGCUGUGGAGAUGAGAGCUUUUCUACUGACAGUCUAAACCACAACCAAUGGCUGGCUCAAUCUCGUACAGAGUGUUUUACACCUGCUCAUAUGUGUGAGUGUGAGACUGUGAGUGAAUGUGUAUGUGUGUGCAGUCACUGAUGUGACUGGCUGCUGUGCAAUACUGCUGUGUUUCUAUAUACACUCACCGGACAGUUUAUUAGGUACACCACCUUGUUCACAAAAAUGAUUCGCUCCUACUGACAGUGACCAUGGCUUGCUAUAUAAAGCAGGCAGACAGGAAUCUAGACAUUCAGUUACUGUUCAAUUGAACGUUAGAAUGAGCAAAACAAUUGACCUAAGUGACUUUAAGCGAGGUAUGAUUGUCGGUGCCAGGCGCGCCGGAUCCAGUAUUUCAAAUGGCCGCCCUCCUGGGCUUUCAUGCAUGACAGUGUCUAGGGUUUACCGAGAAUGGUGCGACAAACAAGAAACAUUCAGUCAGUGCUGGUGAAAACAGCUAGCUGAUGAGGGAGGCUGUAGGAGAAUGGCACAAAUUGUGCAAGCUAACAGGCAGGCCACAAACAGACAAAUAAUGGCACAGUAUAACAGUGGUGUGCAGAACGGCAUCACGGAAGACACAACUCGUCGAUCCUUGUCACGGAUGGGCUAUUGCAGCAGACGACCAAACUGGGUUCCACUCCUAUCAGCUAAAAACAUUAAGAAACGUCUCCAGUGGACAUGCGAUCACCAACACUGAACAAUUGAGGAGUGGAAAAACAUUGUCUGGAACAUGACAGUGAGUUCAGUUUACUUGAUUGGCCUGCGCAGUCCCCAGACCUCAACCCAAUAAGAGCAUCUUUGGAUAAGAUGGAACGGGGUUCCGAUCCAGUACUAGAUGGAAGUACUUAAUAAACAGGCCGGUGAGUGUAUAUCUGUGUUGUGUGAGAACCUUUUUCAAAUAAAUGUGACUCAUUUGGGA